AUGUACGUCGUUCUUGGAGCUGGCGUGGUCGGACUGACGACUGCGCUCGAGCUCAAGAGGCAAUAUCCCUCCUGCGAUAUCUUGUUUCUUGCCCGAGAUCUCCCCGGAGAUUCUGCUCCGACAUACGCAUCAGCCCGGGCUGGAAGAAACUGGAUUUCGAGUGCCACCGACAAUGGCCCUCAGGAAGAAUGGGAUCGUGAACUAGCCAUGACUCAUCCUGAAUGUGGUAUAGAAGCAAUGGAUUUGCUAUCUGUCUUUGAGGAUUCUAUUGAGAACGUCAAUCUCUUGAACCAACAAGAUUUGUACCUGCCAAAGGAAGAGCUUCCGCAAGGAACCAAGUUUGGGUUUGAGGUCUCGACAUUUGUUAUCAAUCUGCAGAAAUACUUGCCAUGGCUCCAAGCUGAGGCGACGAGACUCGACAUUGAGGUACGACGAGCAAUCAUAGACGACUUGUCAGAAAUUCCAGGCCGAUUUCCAACCGCUUCAGCCAAUUUCAACUGCACAGGACUUGGCUCUCUGACGUUGAAGGGCGUCGAAGACCACGAUGGCCAGGUCUAUCUUGUCGAAGCGCCACCGUCAGGUAUCUCAAAGAUGUACUUCCGUUCAAGUCAACGCCUAGGAAGCCACAGUACCCAUGUAUUCCCUCGAGGGAAAGACGGGGGUGUGAUUUUAGGUGGCUGUAGGCUUAAUGGUGACUCAAAUGAACAAUUUGAUCCGGUUAUUGGCCAGGGCACCAAGGAAAGAUGUUGUGCCCUCGUCCCGGAGCUCGGAAGGCCAGAGGAUCUGCGCAUUAUCAAGCAAGGUGUGGGCUUCAGACCGAGCAGAAAAAAUGGCGCCAGAAUCGAGUUGGAGAGAAAGUACGGCGCCAAGGUGAUUCACAAUUACGGCCCAGGUGGCUCGGGCUACCAGGCCUCUUGGGGGAUGGCCAAAGCUGCUGCGGAUUUGCUUCGGCUAUCAGGUAGGUUGUAA